AUGAAAUCAAAAAAAAAUAUUAGAUCAUCUUCUGCUCAAUUUGAAACGUUGAUGUUGAAAUUUAAUUGGAGCAUGAAAAUGAAUGCUCUUUAAAAGAUAUUUAUGAAAAGAUGCAAAUAACCAUUAUAAGAUCUCAAAAAUCAUGGUAAUGAACAUCCUGGAAGAAUUGUUAAAAGACAUGUUCGUCAUUUAUCAGAUCAAGUUGAUGAUACAAUGGAACAACUUAAAUUAUUAGAAUUACUUAAACAUAGAAGAACUCCAACUGACAAUUUUCAUAAGUGUAAUUCUUCUGAUCUAACUCGUAUUUACAGCAAUAGAAAUAGAGAUGAAAAUUCUUCUUUCUUUCAAUCUGAUGAGAAUAAUAUAAUAAAUGAUUAAUUUUUAGCAUUAUUUAAGGAUCAAAAAGAUUAAACAUAUUUUGGCAUCUUAAGUAAAUUUCAAUUCAAUAAUAGCUCCAAGAACUUAAAUUGAAUAAGAGAAUCUACAUAAAAUGUUGGAACAUAAAAAAUUGAAUUCUAAUGAUAUUAGUACAUUCAUUUAAUUAGUCAAGAAACCACGAAUAGUAUUAGAAGAAGAGAAAAAUUAGUAAUUAUAAUCAAGUACUAAUUUUAAGUUAUUGAUUAUCUUAACUAUAUUACUAUUAAUUGUAAUAACACUUAUUUGA